AUGUUUGUGCAUUACCCAGAAUUUCCAUGUAAAGAAGGUAAGAACCUCACAAAGACAACAUUUAAUCUGGGAAAUGUACCACAAACAUACGAUACCACCUAUAGUGUUGAUUUUCAACGCUGGAAACCAGAUUCAAAUGAAUCAUCAAUAAAUACAGCAUAUUUGCAAAAAUCUCACUUAAAUAUUGGCGGAUACAAAUCAGAUAUGGUCUCUGAAAUGCAUGAUCAGUACAUUCCGAAGAAAUCUCCUCGAAUAAAAGAAGAAAGAAACAAAGCAACAACACAAGAGACAACAUUCGUGCUUGGAGAUCCAAAUCUUCCAUUUGAAAAGCGAAAAUUAGAGCCUGUUUAUAAUGUCAGACCUCCAGAAAAAUCAAAUGUUUCAAAAAAUGUCCGUGCAUCGCAUAUUAUCCUUCCAAACAACGAAAAAGAGAAAUGGUCAACAACAACACAAGACAUGAUGCAAUAUACACCUGCAGAACCCGUAAAACCAUUUGAUAUUGAUAUAAGAAGCGGACUUGGUGUAUAUAAUUCAGUUCAUCAAAGCGAUUUCGGUGUAUCUAGAUCAAUAUCACAAGAUUCAUACAAAAAAUACGAUAUUCCAUCUUUAAAUCUUGGAAAUCUUAAAGAAAUCGGUAGAAAAGGCCAUCUUACAACAUUUAACCUUGGAAAUUACAAAAACGAUUACUCUACAACCACAAGAAGUGGCGCAUACCCUCAAAAUGGUUGUCUUCCACCUCCAGAAGAAUUACAUUACCCUGCAUCGAAGAUACCAAGGGGAAGUGGCAUUCCUCUGUACUCCCAAUUCAAAAUUCCUACUAAAACUUCAUACGAAGAAGCCCAUGUAGCACAUCCAGAUUUCCGACCACCAGAACCUUCGAAAUUAAACCAGUCAACGCACUACAAACUCGGUGGAUAUCCUGAAACAUGGGAAACCACAACAAAAUCAGAUUUCGUUCCUCAUAGUGCCAGAAAACCUGAACUUAUGACGAAAAAUUUACAAAAAAGUGACAUCGGAAUUCCCCGACUUCUUGGGCCUAAAUCAUCAGUCUACAAGGAAGAUUUCUCGAAGAAAGACAUUCCUGACAGGCCAGACAUUUCCCAGGUCCGUGCCUUCAACACAACUUCAAAUUUCAAAGAUAAUUAUGGAAAUCCAAAAACUGGCCGUACAACUUAUGAAACAGACUUCCAGCCUGCACCACCAGCAUUUAAACCUCCUGAAAUAUGCAGCGCUAGAGGUCCAAGCGAUAUAAUCUUAAGAGAUCCGAAGACGAACAUAAGAUUAUCGGAAAUGAAGGAAUCUUUUGCAAACAAAGGUCCAGGAUUGAGAUACAAUGUCAACAACAACGAAUUACAGAGAUCUCACAUUCGAAUGUUUGCUGACAAAGAUACUUCGUAUUAUACGACUUCUCAAGACUACUUCAUAUUCCAUUCUUAUAGAUUACCUGGUAAGUAA